GUUCUGAUUGAACAGUUCAUGACGUGUGACCAGAGGGGUCAGUAAAUCAAUCAGGGAUUAACCUUGUAUUGAUAAAGACUGUAUUUGCACGGCGAGUCUUUGAAGUGAGAUUCGGCAAAAGUCAUUCAUGUAGAACUGUGUUAAAAUUUGUCUCAGUUUGGAUUAAUUGAUUAAUCAUUGAUCUCUAUUGAUCAGCUUGUCUUUACAUCUUACAUCUUUACCAACUAAAUCUUUGGAUGAAGCUGCUUUGUUGUACAUUUUAAGACAUUUUAACUUUUUGGGCAAAUUAAUUAUUUAUUUGGUUAUAACGAAAGACAGGCUUAAUCUUAUUGAUUCGUUUAACUUUCAUUUAACACCAUCAAUGUUAAAGACAGAGGUGAAUGUCAUUUACUGCAGAAGAUAAUCAAAAGUCAGAUUGUAAUUUCAUUACCCCUAUAUCCAUACUAAGAGUCACUGGUCCCAGAGGGAGGGCUUGCUACACUCCUCGUCCUUUUAUAUCCUUUUAAGAAAUUAAAAAAAUCACCAAUCAACCAUUAUUCCAAAGAGUUGCAAGUGUAAAGAGAGUGCAUGAGAUUAUGACGCAAACAGAGGGUGUGGGGAAAUAAGAUGAUGAUAAUUUCAUUGGACAUAAAAAAUUGAUGAAUCUGUAAACAACUAAUAAAUUAAAUGGCUAAUAUGAGCGUUGAUUAUCGCUGUUAGAUAAAUACCAACAGUUUAUUAUAAUUUUUAAAAUACAGUAUUAUGACCAUACACUGUGACCAUGUUUCAUGUACCAUGCUUAAAUUUUUCCCGGGUCGCCUUAAUCUAUUUCACAUUAUCUCAUUGCGCGUCAGAGAUGCUUUGACGUUUCUAUAUGUCUGUCUCCAUCCCUCCCUCUCGCGCGCACUGACACGAGCGCUUUCCCCCACCACACAGAUCAAUUUAGAUUGGUCCUUUUCCCCCUCGCCGAUCAUCAUCCGCCCACCCGACUUUUGAUUUGACGAACGUCCGGGGUCACAGUGGCGUGCGUGGCGCUCAACAGCCUAUAUAAACCACACAAAGUUUUCUCAAGCCUCCAGCAAACGGGCAAAGUGCGCCAGAGAGCGGAGAAAAGGGCAACAGUGCGUAUUCGCCUUCGUGAAAAGUGACCUAACAGAGCAAUGGAGCGAUCCGUGCGACUCGCCGUGGUGUGCGUCAGCGUCUCUUUACUCAUCUCUGUCCAUCCCGUAGAAGCGUGGUACAAGCAGUCUACCGGGCCCAGCUACUACUCGGUGGGGCGCGCCUCGGGGCUCCUGUCCGGCAUCAGGAGGUCACCGUAUGUCCGGAGGGCCGAGUCAGAGGAGGUCGUAGAGGGCGACGAGACGGUGGGAAACAACAUGAUCCCGGACACCAACCGGCAGAUCUCCAUCCUCAAAAGCAUGGCCAUUUGCGUAAAAGACAUUUCCCCGAACCUGAAAAGCUGUGAGCUGCUGCGGGACGGCACGGGCACGUUCCAGUGCAAAGCGGACGUGUUCCUGACCCUGGACUCUCUGGACUGCCUGUCCGCCUGAGUCCGCAAGACCCGGCCCUGAUCCGGGAAAAGGCGCUCAAACGGAGGAAACGGAUCAUUCACUGAUGGACCAGAGCAGACUCUGAAUGUCUCAUUUAAAACAUUAAGUCCCGUUUGGUUUGGUUGUUGAAACUGAGUAAACGUAUUAGAAAAGACAAAAAAGCUUUUGAGUUGAGCUUUGUGUCUCAGAAGACUUUAUUUUGUUUGUCUGACAUGUACUUGUUCUGUCACUGUCAAUUAAAUGUCCAAAAGGUUUACUGCAGAGCAGUUUAUGUUUAUUUAUUUUAUUUAUUAAAACGAACAAACA